GGAAUAGGCGGAGCUUCCGCUUCCGGUGGGGCCGUCCCUAGCGGCGGAGAUGGCGGCGACUGCGGCAGAGGCUGCGGCCUCGGGCUCUGGAGAACCCCGGGAAGAGGCUGAAGCCCCCGGCCCCGCCUGGGAUGAGUCCCAACUGCGCAGUUAUACCUUCCCGACCCGGCCCAUCCCGCGUCUGAGUCAGAGCGACCCCCGGGCGGAGGAGCUUAUCGAGAAUGAGGAGCCUGUGGUGCUGACCGACACAAAUCUUGUGUAUCCUGCCCUAAAAUGGGACCUUGAAUACCUGCAAGAAAAUAUUGGCAACGGAGACUUCUCUGUGUACAGUGCCAGCACCCACAAGUUCUUGUACUAUGAUGAGAAAAAGAUGGCUAAUUUCCAGAACUUUAAGCCGAGGUCCAAUAGGGAAGAAAUGAAAUUUCAUGAGUUUGUUGAGAAACUGCAGGAUAUACAGGAGCGAGGAGGUGAAGAGAGGUUGUAUCUGCAGCAAACACUCAAUGACACUGUGGGCAGGAAGAUUGUCAUGGACUUCUUGGGUUUUAACUGGAACUGGAUUAAUAAGCAACAGGGAAAGCGUGGCUGGGGGCAGCUGACCUCUAACCUGCUGCUUAUUGGCAUGGAAGGAAAUGUGACACCUGCUCACUAUGAUGAGCAACAGAACUUCUUUGCUCAGAUAAAAGGCUACAAGCGAUGCAUUUUGUUCCCUCCGGAUCAGUUUGAGUGCCUCUACCCAUAUCCUGUUCAUCAUCCAUGUGACAGACAGAGCCAGGUGGACUUUGACAAUCCUGACUACGAGAGGUUCCCCAAUUUCCAGAACGUGGUUGGUUACGAAACAGUGGUUGGCCCUGGUGAUGUUCUUUACAUCCCAAUGUACUGGUGGCAUCACAUAGAGUCAUUACUAAAUGGGGGGAUUACCAUCACUGUGAACUUCUGGUAUAAGGGGGCCCCCACCCCUAAGAGAAUUGAAUAUCCUCUCAAAGCCCAUCAGAAAGUGGCCAUAAUGAGAAACAUUGAGAAGAUGCUUGGAGAGGCCUUGGGGAACCCACAAGAGGUGGGGCCCUUGUUGAACACAAUGAUCAAGGGCCGAUACAACUAGCCUGCCAGGAGUCGAGGCCUCCUGCCAGGUGACUGCUAGCCCGUCCACACCGCUUCAUUGAUGAGGACAGGAGACUCCAAACGCUAGUAUUGCACGCUGCACUUAAUGGACUGGACUCUUGCCAUGGCCCUGGAGGCAGGUGUUCGGGGCAAGGCAGGGUGGUUGGCACUCCACUCCCAUUCGGAGGGACUUCUUACCCUUGCCUCUGUGCCCCAGCACCUUCCCUCUCUGCCCCCUAAAGUCCUGCAUUCAGUGUGUGGAGUCCCCAGCUUCUGGUUGUCAUCAUGUCUGUGUGUUAGUCUGUCAACCUUGGGAUGUGUGUGCGUGUGUAUGCCUGCACACGCGUGUAUGUAUUUGUUCCUUGCUCCCUCCUGGGUCAGGAUGCCACCUCUGGCCCUCAGCUCUGUCUCCUGCAACCUCAGUGCCUCAGCCUGAGAGAGGGGAGAUGUUCUUGGACGCCCACUGCAUCUGGGCUACAGGGCCACAGCUAUCCUAACCAUGAGGUCAGUCUGCCCCCUCCCAGUUUUCACAGAGUGAGGCUCUAGGCUGUUGGGAAUGGCUACUGAGACUCCAGUGGGGAGAGGGAGAGUGGGGAGGGUUGCCUUUGAGAGCCUAAAUAGCUUCCUAGGAGAGCAAAUUAGACAGGGUUCCAACUUGAACCUUCAAGCUCAAGCCAUACACAGAAAAGAGCCUUGGGACACAGGAACCAAGGAUUGUGCAUAACUUCCAAAUUACAGACACAUACAGCUUCUUUCUUUCAGCACCAGCUCUUGUUCUCUGUCCUGGGUGCCAGGGGAGUCAUCCUAGCAAUGGCUUCUCUAGGUUCUAGGGGUGCAAGCCUCUGUGUGGAUGUGUUUGUGGAUGUUUGUGCCUGUGUGCGUGCAUGUGUGUCCACACUGGCCUGCCUCUCUGCUUACCAAGUUUCUACUGCUUAACCUUGUCCAGUGGGACAUACAGCGGGAGCCCCAAGGCAGUGCUGCCUGACCUGGUCUAAAGCUUUUAAACUCAUUUUUAGCCAUUGGAUGUUGGUCAGGCCUCACUGCAACCUGCCUGAGGCUGACUGGCUAGAGCCUCCAGGUCCGAUGACCCUCCCUGCCCAGGCCACGUCCUCUGUGUCUGCGGAGCUUCUUGGCUCAGGAGACAAAAUGGGGUCAAGCCUAGGCAGCUAACUCACCACAUGUCAUCCACCUCAUGGCAAGGGCAAAAAUGUAGCCUUGCCUCUUAAAGCCAGCGCCUCUGCCAGACCCCACUGUAAUGUUCCACAAACACCCUCAGAAGUCAGGGCAACUGGUGGAGCAUGGAGAGGAAUUUCCUUUUCUGUUCAUAGCUUUUCAUUGGAACCCCUCUCAGGGCUGCAGCUUACAGCUGGGCAGCUGUGCACUGCACAACUCGAAGGGCCGUCAUUCACACCUGUAUAAUGGAAGUGGGGCCCCUGGGAUUGGGCAGUGUGGUGGCCCUGCGUCUGCUCACCUCCACUCCCAUCUCCACGCCCCUUCUCUCUGGAAGGAAAAAGGAGUUGGAAGUCUCUGGGUUCAUUAUUUCCUUUUUUUUUUUUUUUUUUUUUUGCCAAAGGUUUACUUCCAGUGUCUGAGCUAUGGCUCUCACCCCCAGAGCUCAGUUCACAGUUACAGUGCACUGAUGGACUGAGAGGAUGCAUAUGUGUGUGUGUGCGUGAGCGCACUUGUGUGUAUUUUGGGGAGGGGUGUUUAUUUUUAGUACCCCAUUCUGGGGUUCUCUGAUGCAGUGUGGGUGUUCAAACAUGGUACCUUCUCAAGUGUAGUUCUUUCAAAUAUAGCCAAUGCUGGAAAAUGUGAUUGCAGUGAUCUCCAUCCCUCCAUCUCUUUUGGGAAAGAGGAACACAGCAAAGAAAACAAGGCAGACAGAAGAUAAAUUGACCACAAAGACACUUUGAAAUAUAGCACAUUAUUUUCCUUCUCAGCAGCUCUGCUGCAUCCCUUGCUCAUUCCUCAAAGGUGUGGGUGAUGUGCAGCAGGGAGGCGUGGUCUCUCAGCUGCUCCUCUCUGGGUGCUGUGCCGACCCAGGUCUGCAUGAGGGGGAGGGACCUUCACAGGUUGGGUCCUGAUCCUUGGGUAAUGUCUCUGGGUUCAUGUCCAAUAGUGAUCCCUGAUUAUUAGACACCUAAUGUGUGCCUAGUGCUUUUAGUGCAAGGUAGGUAUUCUCAUUUUACAGUUCAAGAAUAAGCAGUUAGUGGCAAUCAGGAUUCAAACCUAGUACUGUUUGGCUGCAAACCCCCUGCUGUUCUUUUCCACCAAACUACAUUGAUUCUCCUACUGUACCUCCUUUGGACUACCGGCAGCAGGCAGUGUCUAGUACAGACAGGCUUAGCCCAAAAGGAUACAGAAGAUACAGCUCAGGGUGAAAGCUCUUCUGGGCUCCAGCUAAAGACUUCUUGGGAAAACUGCCAGGAAGCCAUAUUAUGAGUUAAGAGUUCUGGAAGAAGUUACAGGGAAACAGUUCUAGAUCCCACUGGUUACUUGUGUGUCCUUGAAUAGGUCCCAUAACUUUUCCCAGCAUGCUUCUGCAUCUGUAGAAUUGAAGAUCUAGAUCUAGAUAUUCACUAAGAACUUUGAUUCAUGUUCUGCUGCUUCCGUUUCCCCCAAUGAAGAGACUGAGGCUCUUCCCUUCACGUACCUAGGUUAGGGCUGUUCAGGCUCAAAUUCUACUCGUAGCAGAGUAGGACGUUUCUGCCCUGUUGCUUACUCUCUCCUAGCUGGCAGUGUGAGGGCAGACACAUGAGGGGAAGAUGGGUGUUUGGGCCUGUAUGAGGGUCAGCCAUGUUGCAAGAUCCUAUUUUUACACCAGCAGGUACAGAGGAAACUACUCUUUUGUGAAGUCAAAUAUUUGUUGGGGGGUUGAAGUUUGGGGGGUGGAGGAGGGGCUGUUCUGGGCAUCAGUUGAGCAGAUGCCCAGGAUGCCUGGGGGAGACCAGCUUCCCCUACAAAUCAGAGCUCUAAAUUACAAGGUUUUUACCAACGCGAACAGUUGGGGGAAGUCGUCUGCUCUCAUUUGCGUAAUGGUUUCUGUCACUGGUGAUUAGACACAGGAUGAAGGAAAAGAAAUUUGACAAUUAGGAAUGAGCGAUCAUUAAUCUGAAUCUGUUAGGAGACAGGGGAAGGAUCCUUAUCAGUGGGCCAACCCAACAUGAGGAGACCCUCCUUCUGCCCCCGCAGAGACUCUUGGGCCAUAUACACUUUCACUGUUCCCACCAUAAGCUGAGCUGGUAUUUUCUUAGCAAAGUCUAGGUGGGCCCAGUCCCCAGGCUGAGGUGGAUACAGGAACAGACAUCUAGAGGCAUGAGCCAACAAAGGGUGUCAAAUGCAAGUGAUAGGGCAAAGAAUAGCAAAUAGAAUGGUUUUGACAUGUGUAUGCUGUUUGUGGAAAAUGUUUUUGUAAUCAACACUCCAGAUACCCCACCUGUGACAUGUAUUUGUUACAUUCCUGCACUGCAGGGUGUGGAGAAAACCUGCUCUUUUAUCCUCCAGGAGCCUCUGCUUAGUUGGAGAGGAAACCACAUGAAACACCCAGAGGUUAUGAAGCCAUGUGUGGUGCCCCCUAUGAGGACAAGGUUAGAGACUGUUGAGAGAGGAGGAAGAUCAGUAGAUAGCAAACCUCAGCCUCCAGGCUCCUCUCAGGCCCUGGGCUCCCCAGGGAGGACUCUUCAUCCUAGGCUCCCAGCAAGGAUGAUUCUGUCCCUCCCCCCUCACACGUCAUUGCAGCUGUAGUUAUGUGGAAGGCACGGAGACCCCUGCCCAGAUGUGUGAGCAGGUGAUGAGAUGAACUAACAGGCUGAGUGUUAACGUGUGGAGAGUCCCAACUUGGAUCUUCUCACGUCUCCGUGUCCCCUCAUCUCUCAUCUCUCUGUCUCUUCAAACAUCGUGGACAGGAUUUGCACCAGUUGUUAUUUGUUUCUCAGUUUUGUGGCUUAUAUGUUGGUGGGUUCCUUAGAUCAGUGGCUCCCUCAAGGAUUGGAGGCAGGGGUGAUGGUGGUGGUUGGUUGUCUCGUCAGAAUGUGAACUUCCCAUGGAUAGGGCUGUGUCUCUCCCCUUGGUAACUUUCCUACCUCUGGUUUGUCUACCCUUCAAAGUCCAUUGCAGGGUUUAGUAGGGCUGCAGAGAGUGGCCCUCAGGGACCAGUUUUACCCAAACAGGGUGGAUACUGGGAUGCUCCUAAGAAGUGCUCAUGGGCUUCCAGAGGCCCUGGCCUUUCUGCCCAUGUCAUCUUCCCUUUUUCCAGAACCUCCAGUUCUUGCCCCCCAGUCCCUGCCUACUUCUCUGGUAUCCUCUCAAACUGCCUGCUCUAAAGAGAUGUUCCAGCUUCCUUUUCCAGAGUGCCCCCAGUUUCUCUUACUUAUACUCUCCCUGCCUAGGCUCUUCAGCAGCCUCUUCACCAAGGUCCUUUUUCUAAAACAGUUGCUUUCUCAGAAGCUCUCUGGCUGCAGGUGUUUGGAUUGACUUUCUCUAGGAUCCCUUCAUGUUCCUUUUCUGAUCUGCAAUAAUUCGUUUACCCACGGUUAGUCCAUUUGUUCUGUGUCUGCUCUGUUCUCUUGCCAUUCCUUUGUCACUUCUGUACGUCCUGGUUUAGCUUUUCUCAACUCUGGGAGCCCUUUCUGCUAGUCUUCAGCCAGUUCUGUUUAAUCUUCAUAGGACUUAGAAUCUUCAGCGGAGCCCUGCUGAGCACUUUUGGUGCAUUUCUGGGGGACAAAGCCUCAGACACUGGCAACCUUGAGGACCAGGGGUCUGUGGUUUGUGAGGCCUCCGGAGAUGGGUGAGAGGAGGGAACCUAGAGAAUCAUGGGCAGUGGAGAACCAGUGAGGGGAGAUUGAACAGGAGACUCCCCAGGAGUGGAGCUGGGCCUGGCAAGCCUGGAGGGAAGAACUGAAGUUUGUGUUUCCACAUACAUGCAUCUGUGUGCCUUAGGGUCCAGCAGUUCAGGGAUGGUGGGUGUUUUGGGAAUGUCUGCUAAUUUCGCUCAGGUGUCUUUGGUGAUGCUCUGAGUCACCAAAUUUGGCUGACUUCUUUGUUUCAGUGUUUGCUGGAAGGGAAAUAGCAUAUUGAGUAGUCAUGUGUCAGGAGUGGAGGUCUUCGAUGAGAAAGGCCCUGGAAGCUGGGGUAGCAGGAGACAGGGGCCCAGUGGUCAGCUUAUAUACCCAGACUGUCACUUCACUCCUCCAGAUGUUUAGUACAGUAGCUGAUUAAAGACAUUUUUUAAAAAAUUGGGCCUUGCCUUCUUCCCCACCUGAAAUAUAGUCUUCAGGUGAUAUUUUGGGAAGGAGCAUGUGUCCUUUAACUUCCAAUGAGAAACAACCUAACAAUCUAGUAUAGUGUAUAAAAACAUGGAUUUGGGAGUCAGAUGUAUUUGGUUCAGAUUUCUAGCUUUGCUACUUAUCAGCUGGGCUUGACCUUGUUGAUUGACUUGACCUUUCUGAGCCUCAAGUUUCCUCAACUAUAAUGAUAUGUGUAUAGGGGAAGGUGGGUGUUGAAAAUAUCUACCUCAGGGCUGAUGGACUGAUCAAAACAAUGUUUGUAAAGCUUUACCACAGUGCCUGGCAAACACUUAAUAAAUGGCUGUGGUAGUGGUUAUAUUUAUUUUGUGACUUAUUCAGAAACUUGAUUUCAGUGAUUCCUUUCCUCUCAAGAGCAUAAGGAAGAAUAAGGAAAUUAUGCUGGAGAAACUCAUAUUGAGAUGGGGACAGACAGAAGAGCCUUGGUAUCUAAAUCCACCCUAGAGGGAGGGAAACAGGGAAGAGUCUGAUGCCUUCUACUUGGUCAGCCAGACUUUACCGCUCUCAUCGGCCCAGGGCCGGCGUGAGAAGCUGUCAGGUGUGAGGUCUCCUUACGCUGCGUGAGGGGUGAGGGCAGCUGGGUGAGUUCCCGUUACACCUGGAGAAGCUGUUGCCAACCUCAUACCAUGAAACACCACAGCAGUCAAAUCAGGCCCGCUUGUUUCCGUUUUAUUGCAUGCCCUUCCAUGUAUUUAAGUUUCAUAUGUGUUAAGAUUAUUUUAGGACAGAGGGGCAUUCUGAAGAGAAUUCAGAAAAAUAUAAGACUGGAGUCUCAAUAGCUACCAUCUGUGGAGCCCCUGGAGCAUUUGUUUCAGGCCCAGUGCUAGUCUCUACCCAUGUGCUCUCAGUUCAUCGGGGGCGUCAAGCAGGCAGUGUUACAGGUCUGCAGAGGAGAAGCACCUGACAAGCUCCGGUGUUCACAGUAGGCUUCUUGCAAGAAGUCACAUAGUCUAAGGUGAUAUCUGCAAGAUAACCAGGGGUUGGGAAGGAGUAAAAGGCAUGUUUCUUCUCUGGCUUCUCUCUUCCAGUCCCAAAGCAAACACUCUGUUCCUCCAUGUUUAAGGGUUUUAAGAAUCACUCGUAGGAAAGAGCCAGACAGUGGACCCCCAAAAGAAGAAAACCCUUUGGUUAGCUACAGAAACAUUUGAAAAUCAUUUUGAUUGUCAGCCCAGGUUUGUCCUGGAGUGCAGAUGGAUUGGACUUGCUCAGUUGUAACCCUUUUCCUGACUGCUUCCGCAAAAGACUUCAUUCUGGCCUCUGGAAUUUCACCCUGCCACCCUACUUGGAAGAGAUGCUGGAUCCAGUUACUUAGACAUCAGCCCGAGAUGUACUCUGGCUGCCUGGAAUUCUCAGCCUCUUCCACACUGAUAUCCCGCUGAUCUCUUAGGUUCUUCCCCCACUCCCAGCCACUCCCCUCCUCCCCACUAUGAGCCACGCCUCUCUGCAGCGCCCCUCUAGCCACUCAUAUCCUCUUGGGUCUGACCCUGGUCUCCAGCCCCAUGGAUGAAGAAGAUCUCUCUCUAGCUGGUGCCAAGCCAUCUCUGGGCUUCAGGCCAUUCUGUAGUCACUUUGCAGUCACCUCUCCACUUCUGGUUUCUUUCGCUCUGUGCCUUGGAAGCCUUCUGGCCACAGAAAAUGUUGCUGUGUUUUAUUCAGUUUGCUUAAAACUUACUUGGUCAUUGAGGUCAAUCCUGCCCUUCAGGGAAGCUCUGCUUCUUAUCUCUGUAUACAAGCUCUUGAAUGUAUAGUGUAUGGUGCAAUAUAGGGUAGUGGUUGAAAAUGAGGACUUCGCAUAUUUGGCUUUGAAUCCUAGAUCUGUCAUCCUAUGUGACCUUGGGCAAAUGACAAACUACCUGAAAUUCAACUUCAUAUGUAUGAGGAUAACAUUAUCUACCUUGUCAGGGUUACGUGAAAUAAGGUAUAUAAAGAAAGGCUCAGCAGGGUGACUGUUCCAUAGCAGAGGCUCGAUUGUCAUUGGCUUCUAAUGGCCGCAGCCUUGUCUCUUUUGAAGCCUUUACUUCUCUUCCAUGUAGCUUUCUGACAAAGGUCCUGCGUCUACUCCCAGAGCAAGUCUAGUUGUCAGGUCGUGAGCAGAGCAGAGAUAGCAUAAAUUUCUUGCUCCUGCUACCAUUCCCUACCCCUUCUCAGUGACCUUCAACUCACAAGGACUCUAAUCUACUAUGCUGCCAUCGCUGAGGAAUGAUCUAAAAUUUAUUUUUUAUAAUAUUAAAAAUACCUGAAACACUGUCAGUGAAAAUAGAAGACCUCAGACCUGCUGUCACCAAGGGAAUAAGAAGCACUGGAAGUGUGAGUUGGUGGCACAACAGGUGUGAAGGAGGCACAGCAGGCAGGGACACAGGAGACAAGGAGAUGGGCACAGAGGCCACCACGCUAGUCUAGAGGCAGCAGGGCCACAGGCUUGUGAAGUUUCCCUCCAAGUUUUUGAAUAGUGAGCUUUUGACUGUGAGCAAAACCCCACCCAUUUUACAGUCAGUAUAGUCAUUGUUCUUACAAGGGUUUACGUGAUGAUUUGACAAGAAUGGAGAAUCGGAUGUGACUCCUGGGUUUGAAUCCCUAUUGGCUGCUUCCUAACUAUAACCUGUUAACCUAGGUUAAGUCUGUGCCUCCGCCACUUCAGCUAUGAGGGGUGGAAAAUAGCGCAUGGCUUGCAAUAUUGUUAUGAGCGUUUGUGAUGAUGUUUUUAAAACACUCAAUUCAGUAUGGGCACUCAGGAAACGGUUUAUUAUGAAGACCCAGUGUCUAGUUAGUGCUUGGAGAGCUGGGCUUUUUUGAUCCUACUCUGACUCUCAAGAUAAUGACACUUGAAGUGGAAUCACAGAAGAGAUGACUUGGGGUGGGGAAGCAAAAUGGAAGAGAUCACCAGGUUGUGGAAGAGACUGAAAGUCUGAAAGGCAGAUAUGGGGAAAAAGGUGGUCUUGCUAGGAUGGGGUCUUAAGGAGCAGAAACAGAGACCUAGGCUCUGGGUUACCAUCUGAUCCCCAGAAUGAAGGAAAUAGGGCAGGAGGGUGUCUGGGGGGGACAUGGUGUGUCUAAGUGGAAAGGACACAAGGUUCAGGGGCCAUGAACCCCUAUGUGAAUCUUAGAUGUCCGUUUUUCAGGCUGGGUGACUUUGGGCACAUUUGUCUCCAUGCUUCAGUCCCCUCAUCUUUAAAAGUGGUCAGUACUAUCACCGCCUCCCUUACAGGGCUGAUGGGACAACAUACGUGAAAAUGCUGUCUAAAUUGAGCGCUAUAUAAUACUUGUUGGGUGGUGGUUUAGGAGAGCUUUCCCAGAGUGGGUGGGUCAUAGAAUUGCAGGAAUUCACAGAUAAGAGCCUCCCACAUUUCCAGCAGGAAACAGUAAAGCAGCAUUUCCCACCAAAACACUGUCUUUCACUGUGCCAAUAUUUGGUCAGGAUUUUGUUUUGGUUUAAGAAGGAAAAGCAGUGUGCUGAGAAAGGGCAUAAGUUUUGGAGUCCCAUGGAUUAGGUUUGAAUCUUGUUUUCACCAUUCCCAAUGCUGAGAUGGUCAGAUUACUUACAGUCUCUGAACUUUGCUUUCUUAACAGGCCCCUUCGAGUGGCUAUUGGGAAUGAAUGAGACAGCUCAAGUGAAACAUCUCAGUGCCUAGUGCCUCCCUAGUAAGUGCCCAAUAAAUAUUAGUUCCCUUUCUUUCAUUUCUUUUCCCUUUAGGAAGCAGCUAGUUUACCCAGCUUAAAAGGGACUCAGUUGUCCACGCCUUGGUGUGAACAAGUAAUAUUGGAAUUCCCUUCUUGUCUAGGGUGAGAUCGGUUGUCCUAAGGAGUGUGAGUGUGAGUGAGGAAGAAUCAUGGGAGAAGGUGGCAGGACUCUACUAUGUUGGAGCUGGAGUAGGGGUCCUUUGGUCAUCUAGUUGGUGUGGGGGUGAGUGAAGAACGCGUGAUGUCGAGAGGUGAGUUUGAAGAAAGAAGGUGGGUGCCGAGUGCUAGAGGGAAAAGCCAGUCGAGGGGUUGUGUGGAGUGGAGGACAGGACAGUGAGCUAUGGAUGAGAUCAGAGUCCUGCCAGGGGAACCUUAGGAAUUGUGACUACAAAUCAAAGUUGUGAGAGAAGUCCUGCAUUCAGCCAGCUGUCAUCUUAAUACCUCAGAGUUGUGGUCCUCCCAGAAAGGAAGAAUAUAAAAAGAAAGCAGAAAUCUUCAAGAUGGAAAGACUUUUUAAGUGUUUUCAGAGUCAAGGAAAUGCACAACCUAAUCAAGGUAUCUGACAGCCUAGGUGGGGUUCAAGAUGCCUGAGAAAAUGCAGUUGGGUAUUGAAGCGCAUCAAACUCAGGGAUGUGAGCUGGGUGACCACCUUCUUAGGUAAUGGAGACCCCAUGAUAGAGAUUUCAGAGACAACAAAUAGGAAUUUAUGAGUCCCUUCUUAGAAUCCAGUCAGUAGCCCAAUCAGUGUUUCUGGUUGUUUUACCAUCUCAACCAUCUGAGAAGGCAACCUCCAAAAUGUAUGUGCAGCAUCAAUUGUUUCCUUGAUAGGUAAGCAUCUUUUAACUCUGGAGAACUUAUAAUGAAGGAUAGGCAUGUUUAAGAACAUGGAACCUGCAGCACUACUAUAUUUGCUCGAAGGAAUCUAUGCAGUUUGUUUUUAAAUCCUUAACAUAUGGAGGAGAAUUUGCCUUUUAGUUUGAUAGGUUUACCUUGUAAUACCAACUAAAGAGUGUUGAAUAAUUUAUUUAGACUUGAAUUUUAAGUCGAAAUCUCGCCAAGUCUCUAUAUUGUUUUGGAACAUUUAAAAUGAUUUGAGAUUUGCUGUAUUUAUGAACAUAAUCUAUUGGCGAUAUAAUAAUUAAGUACUUGGGAAAGUUUGUUUUAGUCAGAUAAAUGAAGUACUUAAGAAAUAAAAUAUAUUAACCUCA